CGCAGUCGGUUGAUAGUCGCGGUUACGCGCGAAACGGACGGAGGCCACGUCCACGUCCUCGUUCGCUCUAUUUUAAAUAGUUUGCUUCGAAAUUCAAUGAAACUUUGCUCCAUCAUUUUCGGGAUUGGAGCCUUUCGAUGGGAAAUAAUGUGAAAAAAUAUUGGAAAUUCAUUUACCGAUGAUCCGUCGUUGACGAAAAUUUCGAAAAAAGUGAUCGAGUUUUAAAAGAAGUAUUAAAACAUCGCGAUCCAAGACACGCCGAGUUAGAGAAAAAUAAACGAAUUUUAAAACUCCAAUAAAUUGAUUUUUCAUUGAAAAUCAACCUCGCUGAUGAGCCAGUGCAAAAAUCAUCGUACAAGUGUGAAUUCUCAGGUGUUUUAUUUUUGAAAUAUUGUUUUUUUUUUUAAUUUUUUUUUUUAUUAUUUUGGUCCAUCGACAGCUCGACCGCAGAAUGAUCGAUGGGAACGCUUAUCGCGAGGAUAAACUUGUGAGCUUCGUGCUCGUAUGCGUUCGCAGCAAGUGCAUUGCUACGGAGAUUAAAGUAGCCCGUUGCGCUUGAGAGGCUGACGACGAGAGGCUCUCGCUCCUGUGUCACGGAAUUCGAAGCUUCGAUAUCAACAACAAAAAGCAAUGAAUCAUGCUCGAGCGGUCCUAUUGAACGUAUAACGAAACGAGAUGAACAACGAAACGGCUUUCAACGACACCGACUACGGCAGCGACUACGAUGUCAAUGACUCCUUGAACAUCUUUAAUUGGGCCGAGUUGGGUCCUGUCCUCGUCAUCUACUCCAUCACCUUUUGCCUCGGACUCACUGGCAAUCUGGUGAUAAUCGCGUCAACGUUGUGCCCACGACUGCGACCUUUGCCGUCAACGCCAACGAACAUAUUCCUCGGAGGUCUCGCGAGCGCGGAUCUCAUUCUCAUCGUUUUCUGCAUACCCGUCAAGAUCGCGAAGCUCUUCUCGUUCACAUGGACCAUGGGUCUAUUUCUGUGCAAAUCAGUCCACUACAUGCAAAGCGUAUCAGCGAUAUGUUCCGUACUCACGCUCACAGCAAUGUCAAUCGAGAGGUACUACGCGAUCGUACAUCCUAUGAGAGCCCAGUACACGUGUACGAUCAGCCAGGCGAGGCGUAUAGUCAUGAUAACGUGGGCAAUGUCGUUUCUACUCGCUGUGCCAAUGCUCUUCACUCAGAGACACAAAGCGGUGGGCCACAGAUUUCCAGCUUACUGGUGCGUGAGGGACUCGGAUGCUCCAACGCUCUGGAGACUCCACGAGGUGUACAUGCUCCUCCUCGUUCUUGUCGUCCCACUCGUCGUAAUGGCAUUCUGCUAUACUGCGAUUUGUUGGGAAAUUUGGCGUGUUAUGAAACGCCGAUAUCACAUGACAUCGAGACACGCGCUCCGGAGUCCGAACAAUAGAGCCGCGGACAGCAACGGCGAGUGCAUUCCAAUGACGACGAGACGAGGUCGUGGGCGAAGCAGUCGCCGUGGGGAUGAUCCGAGAACGGAGAAUGAAUCAAGAACGAUGAAACAAGUGGUGAAAAUGCUCGUCGCAGUGGUCGUACUUUUCGCUGUUUGUUGGAGUCCUCUUCUCAUCGACAACGUACUUACCGCUUACAACAUAUUUCCGACAAUGGAUUCGAGCACUUUCAAACAUUUGAACACCGCUUUUCAAUUAAUGGCGUAUUUCAAUAGCUGCAUCAAUCCCAUCGUCUAUGGAUUCAUGUCGAAGCAUUUUCGAGAAAGCUUCUUCGCGGCUGCUUGCGGCAGCUGGUUCUGCUGUUGCCCGAAAAGGGAAUACUCACCGCCUGUUAAAAGACAUCCGAGCCUCAGUCAAACGAGAACGACGAGCGUGAGGUGGGCAUGAACAUGACGGAUGAAGGAAGAAGAGCCUGGCACGCAUAUCUAAUAAAGCGCACGAGGAUCGUAUAUGGGAGAGAGACGAAUACGAAAAGUUACGAAUUCGAUAAGCUCGGCUGCACGAAAUAGGCUCUCAUCCAAUUAAACGGCUAUAUUUAGCGGUACGUUUCCCUCGGCGUUCCACUGAUGACAGCGGCAAAGAAGCAGCGUUGGUGCAAAUGCGUCUCGGGAGAGGGCGCGUGCGGCGCCAGCAUGGGGCGCUUUCUCUUCCUCGCGUUUUGUUCCCCGGUGAAUGAUACUUUUAUCUUGUUCGUUAUUGUAUGCAGAGCGAAAGCUUCGGCGUCCAAGCUUUGCUAUCAUCCCAUUUUCCCUUACUCCCGAGUGAAAAAAAUAGAAGAGGAGAGAUUCGCCGCCACGUAGGAUGAAAUGCGCCGGGACUUGGAGCCUCUUCCUACUUUUUUCGCCCUCGUUUCUCGCACCCGACUCACUCCCACGUCUUUUUUUCUUACUCUCUUGUACAUGAAAUCCCACUGUUCCUGGAAAAACCUCAGAACUUUUCCAUCCCGCGUUUCUCCUCGUGGCUUUUCAACUUUUGCUAAACAAACGACACGCAAUCACGCAGAUGUACCAGUGUUCCUCCUCUCGUCGGUGUUGUUCCUUUCGUUUAACGUCGCCCUCGUAUUCUCGGCGGUAUACUUUAGGCUUUAAAGACAUACGUAUAUUUAACCGAUUUCAAACGUAAACAUAAUGUCUCGUCGCGAUGAAACUAUUCGUAUACGCGGGGUCCUCGGCCUCUGGAGUUUCCUCGCGUGCAGCGAGCUGCUCCAUCCCACAGUUGCCAUAAAAAGCUUCGUGAUUCGUUGCUCAUACUAGCGGCCGCGAAGAGCGAUUUAAAUUGAAUCUUCAAGCAUUCCGAAUGACCGCUUUCACUGAAUUUCAAUUGGACUCUAAAAUUACAUUUCUCUUCUUCAAUUUACGGAGGGAAAAAAACGAAGAAAAAUAUCCAAGUUUAUCGAAGAGGAUCAAAUUGAGAUAUCAAUGAUGAAAAAUACAGCGAAGUUUCAAUGAAACAACGAAGGCACAGCGAACUCGUGUGUUGCUCGAUAUCCUUUUACCUCAAAAAGAUCCAAUCGAGUUUCAAAUGGGCAACGGGGCAUUGGGUAGAGAUAAAAAUAUUGAGAGCCGGCCCAGCUUCGAUGCAUUUAUUUUUCAUCGAGAUUGAGCCAUAUCAGAAGUUGAAAAAAGGGGAACGCACGAGGACGAAAAAAGUCAUAGAAAAUAAUGAAAAAUAAACACUUAUUUUCGUAAUAUUUGGACGGAGACUAAAUGGCUUUUCAAUCGGCGGACUCUGAACCUGGCCUGAGGUGUACGAUCUUCGGGUCGUCCGUCGUUACGUAGAAUAACAAAAAUGUGUAUAUAUAGUCAAUAUAUGUUUAUAGGGAAAGAAGGAGGAAGCCGGACUUACGAUACGUGAAAUGCGUCCUUUUAUUUUCCACCGCUCGCGCCAAGGCACGAGAGUACUACGAUUUCGAAUGUUCGCUCGCGCCCCUGUGCGAGUGCGUCAGUUUGACAGAAAGUGGGAGAAUGACAUGUGCGAUUGUUUAUCCGUUUCCCAGGGCCUCCGGCUCGAUCGCUUAUAUUUUUCGUCAAACAUCAUGCGUGUCUGUAUUCGUAUGUGAGUGUUUAAGGAUAAGCGUAUAUUGUUGUUGGUGUACGAAUUCUCGAACGAAAUUCGAAGCGCACCGACCUCCUCGUUCAAUCGAAGCGUGUGAACUCAAAUACGCGCAGCAUAUUUAUGUGCGAAUCGAUGUAAAAUUUAUUAUUUAUUGAUCAAUAAAUACCGAGCAAUUUCUGUGUCCAA